AAAGUAGCAGUGCACGGUGCCGGGAAAUGUAUUACUGUGUCUAUGUAACAGCGCCACCUGGCGGCAAUCUGAGAUUACUACAGCGCAUAUGUCCCUCUCUCAACACAGCCAUAGAACUGGUGCAGCGCUCACACUGCUUCCGAGUCACCGGGACUCUCGUCAGUGUGUCCGUGUUGUGAUUGGUGAUGUGAUGGUCAUUCAAAUCCUUGGUGAUAAAUUCCCAUGUAAAUUAGUUGCUAAGAAAAUCGACUUACCAGAAUACCAAGGAGAACCUGAUGACAUUUCAAUUCAGAAGUGUAAAGAGGCAGCCACACAGAUUAAAGGUCCAGUUAUAGUAGAAGACACAUGUUUGUGCUUUAAUGCUCUGGGUGGACUUCCAGGCCCAUAUAUAAAAUGGUUUCUUGAUAAAAUAAAACCGGAAGGCUUGUAUCAGAUGUUGGCAGGAUUUGAAGAUAAAUCUGCAUAUGCUCUCUGCACGUUUGCUUAUAGCACUGGACACCCAGAUGACCCUGUACUUCUGUUUAGAGGCAAAACCCAGGUAUGCAGAGCUUCCAAAGGAAGUGAAGAAUAGUAUUUCUCAUCGGUACAGAGCCCUAAAAGAAAUGUCCGAUUACUUCAUCCAGAAUGGUACUACUAAAGUCUGAGUGUCCAGAACCUGAGGUGUGAAUCAUAUCGGUCUUGUAACUAAGGAGUAUAUAUGUAUAUGUUCUAUUGUUUUAUGUCUUCUAUUAGAAGUUGCUGAAGAUAGACACAGGGAUAAGGCUGGUGUCAGUAACUUCACCACACACCAUUAUCGUAAACCAGAGUUGCAAAUACAAAAUUACCAUCUUACUGCACUGUGAUCAGGGAUGGAUUUGGUCGUGGAACACAGCGCAGUAUAGGUCUAAGGUAAUGGCCAAUAAAUAUGGAGUGUGGCCUGGUUAAAUUAGCCUGGGUUGUGCCACUGCAUCCUAUCUAUGACUUCUGUCCAGAGUUUCUGGAACUUUAUAUACGGUUAGUUAGUAUCUUUCUGUUUUUGAUCUGAGAUUCGACACCUGGAGCUUUAGAACUUGUGAUUGUAGUAAUAUUUCUUGUUUUUAUUAAGUAUACAUGGGUAUAAAUGUUUUUUAUACUACAUUGUUAAUUAUGUUAUUUUCUGUUCAGUAAAAUAAUUCUAUCCAUGUUUGUGUGUUAUCAUAUAUAUUUAAGUUUAUUGCACAGCAUUUUUAUGUACAUGUGGGUUUUUUUUCCUCCCCUCUCCAGACUGAAGUCCAUGAUGACCUGGUAAUUGAAAACGCUUAGUUCUAUCCCCUUAUGAUGUUUUUCACAAACUGUUCAAUAAAUAUAUAUUACAUUUUGUUUAAACAUUAAA